AGAAGAAGAACACCGCUACGUCACUUCCGUGUCCAACACAGGUGAUUAGAAUUUUGUCUGGAAACGAAACUGUCGAGAGCAGCGACGACUUUGAUGACAUGGCUUGAGCGAGUUUACAGAGAGUCGUGUUAUAACAGAGAAACUAGAGAGGGAGGAGCCAUGGCCUGCGCCCGAGUGCCACUGGAUGAGCAGCAGGUGACCGAGCCGGGCCCGCUGGGGAAAGAGCACACGCUGCCUGCACUGCACCCGGCCAGGAAGGAGGAGCGCUGCUUCGUGCCUUACAAACCCCCGCCAGAAGACGGCUCUCCCGCCGAGGCUGAGGAGUUUUUGGAACAUGCCAAAUUCAUCACGGAGGACCUGGACUGGCUGCUUGCACUGCCCCAUGACAAGUUCUGGUGUCAGGUGGUGUUCGAUGAUUCUCUGCAGAGGUGCCUGGACUCGUACCUGCACCACGCUCCUCGCGGCCUCGACCUCGCCGCCCUUCCCUCCUCUCCGGCGGUGGUCGACAUGCAGCGCUGUGUUCACAGGGCCGUCUUCCUGACCUUCCUCCGGAUGGCCACACACAAGGAGUCCAAGGAGAGCUUCCUCACCCCGGCUGUGUUUGGAGAAAUUAUCUAUGAGAACUUCCUGUUUGACAUUCCCAAAAUCCUGGAUCUGUGUGUGCUCUUUGGAAAGGGCAACAGCCAGCUGCUGAACAAGAUGAUCGAGAAUAUCUUUACCCAGCAGCCGUCUUACUACGUCGACUUAGAUGAGACGGUUCCCACUGUGUUACAGGUGUUCGACACCAUCCUGGAUAAGUGUGGUCUCUACUGUGAAGGAGCCGCCGCCAUGGAGCCGAUGAAGCUGAACUCACAGAAACAGCGCACUGCCAUGACCAUGAGCCAGCAGGAUCUCGUAGAUCUGGUUCUGUACCUGUGUGACUCCACCACCACCAUCCAUGCCUUCCUGGACAUCUUCCCUGCCGCCUGCUCCAGCUUCCACUCCCAUGGUUUCCUCAGCAGACUGACCUCGUUUUAUGAGUCCGCUGUGCCUGACCUCGAGAACGCGGUGAGGAAGAGAAACUUUGACGAUAAAGGUCUUCAGGAGGACUUGUGGAAGAGGUUGUCCCACUCCUGUCGUAAGAUAGUGGAGAUGGCUCACCUGCUGCUGCACCACACCUGCCUGCAGCCGAUCCUGGAGGGGGGAGAAAACAUGCAAACCUUUGCAGAGGAGCUCCUACAACAUUUCACAUCUUUUUUACCUGAGAAAAGGUUCUUGUCGGACUAUGAUGAGCAGUUCUCCAUCGCAGACGACAUCAGCCUCCUCCAACAGGCCCUCCCUCUCAUCGAUGAGACCAGGACGUCCUACCUGCUCCAGGGGGUAGAGAGCGCCUGGGACAGUGUGGGGCGACGGAGACCGCACAGCCAGACUCGGCAUCAGGGAGCAGCGGGCGGUGCUGCCGCCUCCUCCUCAUCUGGCUUUAGAGUUCAGGAGGAGAGAGAGUCAGAAGGAGGAGAGAGUCUGAGAGGAGCAGAGGCCAUGUUGGAUGUUCCCCGAAAAGGAAAUAAUGUGAGUUCUGUGAUUAAUACAGCUAAUUUAAUAUGUUUUUAUGAGGAGCUGCUGCCGGAUCUGGGCGAAGGCUUCCUGCUGGCCUGCCUGCAGGAGUACGGCUACAGCUCUGAGCUGGUCAUCAACAACAUCCUGGAGGACCGGCUGGCCCCCAACCUGGACAAGAUGGACCGGGCCAUGCCGAGGCCAGUGAAGGAGGAGCUUCCAGAUGUUCUGAAUGUCAGAUCCAACGUGUUUGACGACGAUGAGUUUGACGUUUUCCGCAGAGACCAGGUGGACAUGUCUCGCAUCUGGAAGGGCAGGAGGAAAGGAGAGAGCCCUCAAGAGCUGCUGAACGACAAGCAGCACAUAGCGGAGCAGAAAGCUCGAUACCAGGCCUACGAGACGGUGGUGGACGAGGUCGUCAUUGAACCCGGGGCCAGUGCCGAAGCCUACGACCUGGACGCCUACGACGACGAGUACGACGACACGUACGACAUGAGCCAAGUGGGAGCCAACGACCUGGAUGGAGACAGCUUACUGAGCAGAAGGCCUUUCACAGUUCCACAGAUCCUGAGGAAAGGAAACAAACCAGAGUUGGAGGAGGAGGGUGAAGAUGAAGAGGAGGAAGAGCCGCUACAGAACAAUGUGAACAGGGACCAGUUUGUUCAGGACCCGGCUCUGCUGAGGGAGAGGGCUGAAGCUAGAAGAGCUGCCAUGCAUCAAAGGAAAGGUUUCCGGCCGGAGCAGCGUCCUCCCAGCAGCGUGGUGGGUCAACCCAAAGGCCAAGGACAGAACCUGGACACAUUCCUGGACCGACGCAAGAAGGAGGCCAACAAGAGCCGCGGGGCAAACCACAACCGCCGCAACAUGGCCGACCGCAAGAGGAACAAAGGCAUGAUCCCCUCGUGACCGGCGUGACGACCCGCUGCUCGAAACAAAAGCGACUGACUGAGUCGGUGAAGUGACAGAACAACGGGGGCUCGGGUGAUUGGUCUGGUUUAAAUUUGUCCCCACGAACACGUCACCGUGUUCGCUUGAAGGAAAAAGCCACAGAAGGUGUCGAGCUGUUGAUGUGCUUUAGUUUACACUCUAAAUAUCUGCUUUUAGGGAUCGGGCCUCAAGGAGUUUCUUUUCUUAGCUCAUUAAAAAAAAACCAAAGUCCUGAGUGAGAGCCGGAGACCGAGGACAAAGAAUAAGACCUUUAUUUUUUGCCAAGUAACAAAUCAGUUUACUAUUAAGAUGUUUCUGUGACAUCAUCAUCGAAUAGACAACAUAGGAAUAAAAGGAAGCAACAUCCAGGUGUUUUGUUUGGAGAGACUGUGGUUCCUUCUGUAGCUGGAAGAACAAUGAACGGACCUGGUGAUCAAGUCUGGACCUCAGUGGGAGACUGUGUGUCUCUCACUACGACUACUCGUCCUGUAUGAGCAGCUCGUGUCGAAGCAGGCUCCCACCGCUGUUGUCCAGCCUUCAGUAACAGAGAUCAGACGUGGUGUUUGGUAGCUCGUGCUGUACGGAGGCGCCUCACGGCCUCUUACAGACCGGCUGCGAGGAGGAACCCUCCGACAUGUCGCCAUGCACAGACUAUCCUCUAUAAAGAGAACAGAUCUAUCAGAGCAUUUUGUAACAAAAAAACAAAGCACAUGUAAGUGCUUCUUGGAGUUGAUGUUGCAAAAAAAGAAAACAUUAAAUAAAUACAAUAACA